GAUUGCAAUUUAGCGAGAAUUCCAUUGGAGAUAGAUCGAUCCAAAGUUAGUCCGAUAGGGGCUGGGAAUAGACCGCUUUCACACGAUCAUCAAACAAAAUUGUAGGACAUCUCAAACUGUUUGCUCUAUGGAGGUUAUCAGGUAACUAACGCCGCGCGCUCGGCACACAUUAGGAAAGAACUCGGCGCAGAAGCUCUUUAAUACCACAGCAGUCGAGGAAGAUGGGUCUCCUUCACCUACUUGUGUUCCUGGUCAUGGUGGCGACAUGCCGGGGUGUGACCACAGAGAAAAUACCCACCACUUUCUGCGAGACUCAACAGCCCUGCAGGAGUGGAGGGACAUGCAGAAACAGUGAAUUCUACCCAUACUACUACUGUAUUUGUCCGAGAUACUACACGGGGCAGAAGUGCGAAUAUUAUUACAGGCCUGUUAAUAUUGGACGUACGACUGGGUAUCCAAAUUAUCAAACAACGGGAUCACCGCUUUGUUCAAAACCAAACCCAGAUACCACCAAUGUUCCUGUGCGUCUUGUUGCCGGCCCUCAUCCACUGGAAGGUCGCCUAGAGGUGUUUUACUGCGGCCAGUGGGGGACGGUCUGUGAUGACUCCUUUGACUACAGAAGUGCACGUGUUGUCUGUAAGAUGCUUGGACAUGACACAAAUAAUGCAACAGCCUACCAUGGUGCACGGUACGGCCGUGGAUACGGCCCUAUAUGGCUUGAUGACGUCAGCUGCCGUGGUGAUGAGAAAAACCUAGCAACAUGUAAACAUCUUGCCUGGGGGGUCAACAACUGCGGUCACGGGGAGGACGUGAGCGUGUCUUGCAAUGGGACAUCCGGGCCUCUUGAAGCCACCACCAUGGGGUACUACAAUGGCUGCUGGAGCAGUCCGUGUAGGAAUGGCGGCACAUGCUACGACACCGGGUACGGAAGGUACCGAUGCUCCUGUCCUGCUUACGUCAGUGGCUGGAACUGCCAGUACACAAACGGAGGUUACUAUUAUACCACAGCGGGUUACGGGCCACAUAGUAAUGCAUCCAGUUGGGACAAUGACACGUGCACAUUUGAGCAGGGCCUGUGCGGCUUUACCCAGGAUUCUUCUGACUCUUUUGAUUGGAGAAGAUAUAGCGGUAGAACUUCCUCUUAUAACACUGGGCCGUCGUAUGAUCACACCACUGGCAGCGGAGGAUAUUACAUGUACAUCGAAGCAUCCAAUACCUACAGCGGAGCACGUGCCAGGCUGGUCAGCCCUACCUACCAGCCCUCCUCGGGCGUGGUGUGCCUCAACUUCUGGUACCAUAUGUAUGGGCAAACUAUUGGAGCCCUCGCUGUGAAAGUCAAACGAUCGGGAAGUUCCAGUGAGGAGACAAUAUGGAUGUUACGGGGAAACCAAUAUAACGGGUAA